AUGCCCCCACAGGCGGCCGCCCGCUCGUCCAAGGAGGAGGCGGCGGCGGCGAGGAAGGAGGCGGAGGCGCGGCUGGGCGCCGGCGCCGCAGCCGCGCUGCUGGAGGAGCAGGCCGCAGUCGACAGCGAGCUGCAGCUGAGGGCGGUGCAGCGCGAGGCGGAGGCGGCGGUGGAGGCGGCCGCGGCGCGCGCCGCCGCCUCCGCGGCCGAGGCGGAGGCGGCGCGAGCGGAGGCGGCGGCGGCGACGGCGGCGGCCGCGUGCGGGCGGGACGAGGCGGUGGCGCUGAGGGCGCAGCUGGCGGCGGUGGGGGGCAGGCUGGCCGAGGCGUGCGCCGUCGCCGCCGACGCCAACGCGGCGCGGCACGCAGCCGAGGCGGCGCUGCGCGAGGCGAGGGCCGACGCUGCCGGCGCGGACAUCCUUAUAGCGAGCCUCGUCGACGCCGCCACGCACCCGUCUCACGGAAACACUCGGCGGGGCUUGUUCGCAGGCGCGGCGGCUGAGCACGGCGAGGCGGAGACGGCGGCCAAGGCGGCGGUCGCUCUGCUCGGCGACGAGACGCGGCGGCGGGGCGAGAGUUAGCCGAGAUACAGCCGAGAUUAGACGAGAUGCAGCCGAGACUUGCCGAGAGGCCGUGCGGGCCUUGGCCAGGACCUGUCCAUGACAUGUCCGAGCCAUGUCCACAGGCGAGGACGACGCGGCGGUGCGGGCGGCGGCGCGCGAGCUCGUGGCGCGGCACCAGGCGGCGGCCAGGGCGGCCGAGGCGGCGGCGAGCGCCGCGACGGCCGACUUGCGCGGCGCGGAGGCGGC